AUGGCCUCCGCCGAUAACCCCGUCGCCCCCGAUCACUUCAACGAAGACGAGGAUCUCCUCGACGAUGAGGAAUUCUCCGAUCACGACGACGACGACUCCGCCUCCUCCGCCGCCCUCGCCCUCGAUCGCCCUCCCCCCUCCGCCUCCGACGCCCAGGUCACCAUCGCCGUCCCCGGAAUCCCCGAUCCGCACCUGACCCACCACCACCACCACCACAACCACCACCACCAGCCGCAGCAGCAACAGCAGACCCAGGAGAUCGUGAUCGCUCGCCGGCCGGUCCCACCCGACGAGUCCCGCAAGCUCUUCCAGCGCCUAUGGACGGACGAGGACGAGAUCGAGCUGCUUCAGGGGUUCCUCGACUACACCAGCCAACACCGAGGGCCCCACGGCUCCGCCCAGCACCACCACGACACCACCGCCUUCUACGACCAGAUCAGGAGCAAAUUCCAGCUCGAUUUCAACAAGAACCAGCUCGUUGAGAAGCUCCGGCGCCUCAAGAAGAAGUACCGCAACAUCAUCAACAAGUUCGGCUCCGGCAAGGACUACACCUUCAAGAGCCCCCACGAGCAGGCCACCUUUGAAAUCUCCGCUAAAAUUUGGGGUAAUCUCCCCCCGUUCAAUGUCAACGUCUCGUCCUCCGCCUUCCCUGCUGUCGCUGCCCCUGCCCCAAUCACUGUCCCCAUCGAGGAUGAUGAUGAUGACCUCAACAACCCUAAUUUUGCAGAUUGCCAAAGCCCUAAGCUUAAUGGCAUCGACAUAAACAGCAAAACCCCACGGCCCAAGAAGAGGAACCGAGCUGGCAUGGUGAAAAUGGAGGAAAGACAGCAUCAUGCCUCCAUUGGUAACAUCAAUAAUUGUACUCAGCCACCACCUGCUGUGGCUGCUCAGGGUAUAACAGGUUCACUGUCAAGCGUAAUUGAAGAUACUGUUAGGAGCUGUUUAUCACCCAUUUUCAAGGAGCUGCUGAGCAAUUCUAUGAACUCCAAUCACAGUCCACAUGGGCUGUUCUGUGGACAGCCUGGGUAUGAGCUGACACGAAGCCCGCUGCCCUUGGGUUUUGCGGCGGCCAUUGGAGGAGGAGGGGAUAAGGUGGCCAACAACAGGUGGAGGAAGCAACAAAUAUUGGAGUUGGAGGUUUUCUCCAAGCGGCUGGAGCUGGUGCAGGAUCAGAUCAAAGAGCAAUUGGAGGAGCUUAGGUCCAUGGGGAAUUGA